AUGUCAUUACUUAGCAGUGAUUCGAUGUGUGGUUUUUUGCUGCGACAGAUUAGGAAAGUUGACUUGUGCAGAGUGUGGGUAGCACGUUGCUCAUCCUCUCAAGUAAUCGCUUCAAGUAAACCUUCAAAAGAUCGACGAAAGGAUGUAGAUGAUGUGAUAUCCCCACAACAACCACAGUCCGAUUUCAGAGUUACCAGUGGAAAGCCUUCUAGUUGGAUUGAUGUAAAUCGAGAAGAAGGACGUCAACCAGGUACUUUUCGAUCUCGUAACAUUGGUUUGGACCGAUUUUUUGAUACUCAACGUCGGCAUGAGAGACUUACAGCACGUGAUCAGUGGGCUCGAAGAAAUGUUUUAUCGGAUCGUUAUAGAAACUCUGGAGGAUCAUGGAAUAAAGAUGUGGAAAUGCCAAAAGUCGAUUAUAAACAUCUCAAUUUACCACCCAUUCAGAAGAAUCUUUACAAGGAAAAUCCUUCGGUUACAGACAGAAGCGAGAAAGAAAUAGUUGAGUGGUUUACGCAUAAUGAAGUCACGUUAAAGGGAAAUUCUUCUCCUCGCCCCAUUUUCGAAUUCAGUGAGACAGGUUUUCCUCCAGCAAUUAUAGAGAAGCUCAAAAAAGCGUGCUUUGAAAAACCGACUGUAAUACAAUCGAUAUCUUGGCCAGUUGCGUUGACCGGACAUGAUAUGAUUUCGAUUGCUAGAACAGGCUCGGGGAAAACUUUAGCAUAUACUUUACCGGGGAUUGUACAUAUGCAAAACCAAGAACAGCCGGAAAAAGUCCGAGGUCCAGCAGUGCUUAUCUUAGCACCAACAAGAGAGUUGGUGCAACAGAUAAGCUCAAUGGCGAUGAACUUUCACUCUAAAAUAGCAUGUGCUUAUGGUGGUUCUGGACGGGAUCAGCAAGCUAGAACUAUUCGCGAAGGAGUAGACAUUUUGGCUGCAGCUCCAGUAUUGGAUGAAGCUGAUCGUAUGUUAGACAUGGGUUUCGAACCACAGAUACGUAGAAUUGUAUCCAUGAUUAGACCGGAUCGACAAACUUUGAUGUUCUCAGCGACAUGGCCAAAGGAAGUGCGUACUCUAGCGAAGGACUUUCUAAGUGAUCCCGUAUUCGUUAAUGUUGGAUCAUUGAAACUUGCCGCAAACAGUAACAUCAUACAAAUGGUCACGGUUGUUGAAGAAAAUGAGAAAGAAGAAAAGCUGUUAGAGUUUUUAAAUAGGACGUCAAGCGAGCAACACUGCAAAACAUUGAUUUUUGUUGGUAUGAAACGCACAGCGGAUUGGUUAACACGACUGAUUCGCAAGAAAGGAUAUCCAGCUUUGAGCUUACAUGGUGAUAAGUCCCAAACAGAACGAAAUUUUGUCAUGAACGAUUUUAAAAAUGGUGAAUGUUCGAUUCUAGUCGCAACAGAUGUUGCUGCUCGCGGUUUGGACGUAAAUGACAUUAAAUAUGUCAUCAAUUUCGACUGUCCGAAAAAUAUUGAAGAUUACAUACACAGAAUUGGAAGAACUGCUCGCCAUGAUAAAACUGGUACUUCAUACACCUUGUGCACACGCAGUGAUGCACCUAUAGUUAACGAACUUGUCAGUGUUUUGAAAGAAGCCAAACAAACGGUUCCAUCAGAUUUACUGGAUCUUGUUAGCAGACAUCCCACAAAGUCAUCGAGAAAAAGAUUCUAA